AUGGAUGUUACUCGUAAAAAUGGUACAUGGAUGGACCUCCGCGGGAUAGAUAGUAAGUUACUAGGGUGCAUAGAACCUUAUAUAUUACAAAGCAACAUUGGGGUUGUACCAUUAGAUGCUGCGUCCGAAGAUUACUUAGAUGAAGCGUCAGAAAGAUUGCAUGGUAUGCCAGGGAGCGGUUUAUCUCUUCUAACGACCGAUACUUGA